AUGUGGCUGAAGCGGGACCCCCCAUCCUUGGAUGCAGCCAUCCAGCAUGCCCUGGCGGGCCUCUAUCCCCCUUUUGAGGCCACAGCACCCACCAUCCUGGGUCAGGUGUUCCGUCUCCUGGAUUCUGACUUCCGGGGCGAUGGACUGAACUUCCUCCUGGAUUUCCUGAUCCCUGCCAAGCGCCUGUGUGAACAAGUGCGCGAAGCAGCCUGUACCCCCUACUCACACCACCUCUUCCUGCAUGAAGGCUGGCCACUGUGCCUGCGGGAUGAGGUUGUGGUCCACCUGGCAUCCCUCAAUCCCCUCUUAUUGCGCCAAGGUGACUUCUACCUCCAAGUUGAGCUCCGGGAGGAGCAGUCCGUCUGCAUCAUGAUCAAGUGCCUCUCUGUGGACCUCCACACAGUGGACACGAAGCCUGUUCCUGAGUCAUCCUACCCUAUACUUUUCACCCAAGCCUGGCUGGAGGCCAUCAACAGGGACUUUGAGGGCAGUCCCCUACACAACUGCCUGGUAGCUUCAGAAGACGGGAUUGCCCCUGUGCCCUGGACCAAAAUAACCAGCCCAGAGUUUGUGGAUGACAGACCCCAAGCAGUAAAUGUCCUCUCCCCAGCCUGGAGAUCCCUUCAAUUAGAGGCACUGGAUUUGAACAGCCCCCAAGAGCUGCACCAGGCCGGGUCCCCAGGCAGUCAGGUGCUGCUUGCCCAGAGUUUGGCCAAGGGCAAGGGCAGGACACCUGGGGACAAGUAUCCAGGACUCAUCAAAGUGGAGCAAGCUGGGCCUGGGGAGGUGGGCUUCAGGAUGGACAAAGUGGCCAGCCAGGACUUGGAGGGAGAUUAUGUGGCUCUCCUGGACUUUUCCCAAGAGAACCGAGGAGGGUGUCCCAGUAAGGAGGUGGAGACAUCCAGUGGGUUUCCUUUUGGGGCACAGGAGGAGCUAUCUGGAACUAAGGAAAUCCCUUUCUCUCAAAGGAUACUGCCUCUCUCAGGGGCCAAUGGGGGGCCUUCUUUGGAAAAAUGGACCUGUGAGAAGCCAGCAAGUUCGGGGAAGAAACCCUGUGUUUGCGACUUGAGGAGAAAGGUUAAUCAUAAAGUUCCCACCCAAGACUCAGAAAACCAGCCCCAAGAGCCCUACCUCAGCAUCCUUGUAAACCCACUGCAUUGUACCUCUGGCUUCGGGCCAGGUGUCUCAGAAGAGCCAGCUCCCUCCAAGACACAGGGACCUCUGGGAGACUCAGAGAAUAUAGUCCAGUUCAAUCCAGGACCAAAACAAGCAUCCUCUGCCCAGUUGCGCCCAGCUUCCCCUCCUGCUUCUCCAGCCCCUGCAACCAAGAUGGAAGAGAGGACCCAACAGGAAAAUGGGAGACUUCCCAAGCCUGUGACCAGGCCCUGUCAAAACACUUCCCCCACUCCUGGGCUCAAAUUCUCUUUCUUAAAGUGGCAGAGGCAAGGCCCUGUGACUCAGGAGAAAGCCCUGUUCCAGCAUGACGGGCCCUGGAAAGUCUUGUGUUCACUCUACUCUCCCAAACCCAACCGAGACAAGUGCUUGGGGAAAGCUGGAACAACUCAGACCAAAACAUCUGGCCCAGACGCUGACUCAGACCCACUGACCGAGGAAAAGGCUGGCUUCCCAGAAGCUUCUGAAGGUCCUCCAGAAAAAGGCCCCACUCUGAAUGAGGAGCCCCCAGGGCCUGAGCCCAGGUUUGGGGCUCUGAGCAUGGAGAUCUUCCAUUCCAGGAUAGCAUGCCUGCCAGGAGGUCGAGACAGGGCAGGGCGGCCCCUGCUUCUGGUGUCAACCACCAAAGGGCCCUGGGAGGCACCAUGGUGCACGGCCUCAGAGGUCACCAAGCUGUUCUCCUACCUGUGCACCAUCCCCAGGCCUGAAGAUAAAACCAAGGGACUGGCGGUCGUGAUUGAUGCCAGGAAACAGCCCCCACAUCCUGGUCUGGUCAGUGCCUUGCAGGCCACCCAGGCUCUGGUCCCAGCCUCCAUCCGUGCUGUGCUCUUCCUGGGGGAGCAGGAGGCCGCUCUCCAGCUGGAGGCAUCUGACAUCCAGGUAGAGGUGCUGACCUCACUGAAGGCUCUCAGCCACCACGUGGACCCCAGCCAGCUGCCCAUGGCCCUGGAAGGCCCCUUCCCCUACUGCCAUGGUGAAUGGGUGCAAUUCUUCCAGAAGCUGGACCCUUUCCUUGCUGACCUCCGCCAGGCCUCCUCGCUGCUAAAGGCUUCCAUCAAGGAGUUUGAGAAGGGUGACCCCCCUGGAGGGGUGCAGGAGGCCUCCAGGUGUCUGAGCAAGUCCAAGGAGCUGAUGGAGGCUGUACUGAGGGACCCAGGCCUGUUGGGCCUCCAGCGGGAAGGCGGAGCCACCCUGGCCAGGCUGCGACAGGAUGGCAGCAGGCUGAACUUCAACCCGGACGUCAGGAGCCAUCUGGCCGAAGCUGCUGCCCUGUACAGCCUCGUGGAUGAACAGCUGCAUGUCCUCGUCACUGUGUCCAACCACCUCCUGAGGAGGCUGGAGCUCCGCGUCCGUCUGGGCCGCCUGGAAGCUGCCAUCCACCAGGUCAGCAACUGGAUGGAGCAGGAAGGAAGCCAGUGCCUGCAAGUGCUGACCCCCAAGGACGGAAGCUUGGAGACAGUGGAGAAAGCCCACUCAGAGUUUGAGGACUUCUUCCUUCAGGCUGUGGCCCAGUACCGCCGUGGCCUGGAGCUGUGCAAGCAGGCGGCCCAGCUGGGAGCUGCAGCCAGGGCCAGGGAGGCGGGAGGAACAGAGCUCCGGGAGCUGGCAGGCUUCACCUUCACCCAGCGGGCCUUCCAGGCUAAGCUGACCCACUUCUACAUGGCAGCCGAGCGGCAACGCACAGACCUGGAGACGCUGCUCCACCUCCACCACUUCUGCAAGAAGAUGACCUGGUUCCACAUGGACUGCCAGGACCUGAUGGCCCAGCUCAGGCUGGGAAAGGCCCAAAGGGCCAGCCCUGGGGACCAGCGCCGCCUCCACCGCUACCUGCAGCGCCUGGCGUCCGAGUUCCCUGCUGAGAAGCUCACGGCCAUGCGGCUGCAGGUGGCCUCUCUGAGCUGGGAGGGCCUGGGCCAGGACCUGUGGGAGGAGGCCCGGGAGAGGCACGAGGAGAUCCAGACCCUCCUGAAGAAGGCACUGGCCCACUGUCCAUGCCCGGCAGGUCCCCCUUCCCACCCAGCGGGCCGGGAACUCAGAGGGGCGGCCGCCAAGGGCCAGGCCCUGAAUGGAGAAGUCACUUACAAGGGAAGAUGGGACCUGCCCCUCCAGGACUCACUGGGUCUGGAUCGUUUGCCAAAAUCCUGUUGGCCUCCUUGGGCCCCCAGACGUGUACAGAACAGAAAUUUCCAAGCAGCCCCUCCACCCCAGGAAGCUGGCCAGGCUUUUGAAGCUGAUGACGGCAGAAGCCCGCGUGGGCCCCUGGAUCCUGCCCCUGAACAUUUUCUCACCACCUUCCUCUCCUGGCAGCGGCUCCCCAUGCAGAGUCAGAUCCCCCGGCCCACUGGGGGCAGCUUCUCCUCGGAGGGGACAGACUCACAGACGUCUCUGGAGGACUCACCCCACACAAGUCCCCCUGCAUCCCUCUAG